GGGUCUUGCAGCUCGACCCGCCCCUGAAGGCGGAUCGGAGUUGACUUAAACUCUGGGGCCCGGGAGGCUGGCCGGACCUCCUCUCGUACCCUGCCUUGAUACUUCGCCUGUCGUGGGAUUCUCUCAUUCAUCUAAUAAAGAAAAUUGCCAAGGAUCAAGUAAACAUUGUGGAGGGACACUGAUGUGUUUGGAGGUAAAUGGGAACAUAUACAGUAAGGAAAAAAUAACAUCUUAUUUAAAGGCCUCAGUUAAUCUCAGUCUGACCCACAUCUUGGCAGGACACACUGCCAGUCCACCCAGAACAAAGGUUGAUAAACAGACUUGCGAGACAGAACCACGAGUGGUCCCUUAUCUGCCUCCUUAGUUUCAGCAGUGUGGAGAACCAACCUAAUAGCUGUGAUAGUGGGACUUGCAGCCCUGCCAGCCAUGGAUGUUACUGCUUAGAUUCUCGACAUUCAAAAAGAACUGACUUUUAAUACACUGCUAAUACAUCAACUCAACAAUGAAUUGGAACAUAAACCCAGAGAGUGUCACCUUACCACCAUUGUAUCCUAAAAACCAAUCAUCUUUUUUGGAGACAACUUUAAUAAACACACCAUCUCAAAAUUCUUUAAACUACCCUGGAAGUAACCAAGAAGCAUGCAUGUUUCUCAGUAAUUCAAAUGCAGUUUCACAGCCACUGUUCAACAUCAGAAAUUAUAAAACUCCUCAACAGAGCUCUGUUUCUGAUAUGCAGAGUGGGACAAUUGUGGCCUCGCAGACUUCGGUAGAAAAAAUUACAUAUGCAAAUGUUAAAGGACCCAAACAGCUAAAUCACAAUUUGCAAAUGCCUUCAGGAGUUGCUCAAAAUGUGUGGUUGAACCCACCAGUGAGAAAUUCUACACUUUCUCAUACAGGGGCAACUGUACCUCAACAAACUGGUUUUGGAACUAAUACACUCAAUACACACACACUACAGAAUCAAUUUGUAACAUCGGAUACCUAUUCUAUGCAAGUACAAAUGAUUCCUUCUAAUUCUAUAAGAAUUCCUAUAACUUAUCAAGGUAACCGGAAACUUAACUCAUCUUUAUCGGAGCGACAGGGUAACUGGGCACAACAGUAUACAUCCAAUGGACUGACCUAUCCAGAUUACAGACCACUUCCAAAGCAAUACAGUUAUUCAUCACAAAACUUUUUGCAAGAUCCUACACUUCAGACACAAACUCCUUUGCCACCUACAUCGUUACAAGUUAAAAAUAGUCACCCUCCAAAUUCUACACUGACUUUACAGUCAAAGCAGACUGCAGCUGUACAUUCCUUUCAAUAUGCAUUCACUCAUACCGACAAAAGACCUCCUCCUCCUUAUGACUGUAGAUAUGCAAGCCAGCCUUUGCAAAGUACUCAGCAUGUUAUUAAACACUCUUCUAUGGAAGUUCCUCAGAGUCAGGAAACACACUUACCUGAAAUAAGGAAAGACUUUUGCAGAGGCUUUCAACAGCAGUGGCAAAACCUUAAUGAAAAUGCCAGCACGAUUGGACAUUUCUGUAACUUGAAAGUAAACACUGAUGUCAGUCAGCCUUUUAAUGAACCUAUUGGAUCUUCUUUGGAUGCUGUUCAGAUUCUUACUCAAAAUAAUCAAGAGGAAAGAGGGGAUUCUUGCACUCUAACUUCAAAUCAAGUACUAGACACAAGCGCCACAAAAGAAAAGUUAGUGAGGGAUAUUAAAACAUUGGUAGAAAUAAAAAAGAAAUUCUCUGAACUGGCAAGGAAAAUUAAAAUUAGUAAAGGUCUUUUGAUAGCAGCAGGUUGUAGUAAAACAACUAAAAUCUCUUGUAAUGAAUCAGCUCAAAAUUCUGAACUGUCUCAGAAACAAACUGCCAAAAUCCUUCCUGGACCACAAGUAACCAUAGUUACUUCAGCGCCUGCAGAGGACAAACCACCAACAGUAAUGGAAACUGCAGAAGAAACAAGUAGAACACAAAGUACCUUGAAUUCCAACAUUCAGGACACCAAUUGCAGAAAUUUUAACCAGGUCAGUUCCAUUUUACAAAAUCCUGUGUGUUCAGGAAAGUUGACAGUGCCAGAAAAGUUAAAUGAUUUGAAAGUUACAACUUUAAAGACAUCAACUGUAGGGAGUACCCAUGCAACAUUAAAUAACACCCAGUUUUCCUCAGAAAAUUUUUUCGGCAUUGAAGAAAAUGUGCCAACGAAAUCUGAAACAACUACUGUUCCUCAGCCUAAGGCUUUUGAGAAAUUACCUUCAAAAUAUCUAAAUAAAAAUAGGUUACUUCUCAGUCUUCUUGCACAUGGAGAUAAAAUUGAAAAGACAUUAUUAAAAGAUGUUCAUGGAACUGUUCAGGAUUCUGAACCACAUAGUUUUGAAAUGAGUCCCAAUACCCAAAUCACUGGUAACCAACUGAACUUGAAAAACAUGGAAACUCCAAGUAUUUGUAACAUGAAUGCCAAGACUUCAGGCAUUUCUUGCCUUGAGCAUAAAUCCUCAGCAAAUGAAAUGUCUUCGAAAAGUGACAGUCAGUGUUCCAUGGAAUUGCUAGCAACAUGCCUUUCUCUGUGGAAAAAGCAGCCUUCAGAAUCUACAGGAAACAAACAGUGUAAUGAGUCAAGAACAAACAAAAUAGCAAUUGGAAUUUCAAAGCCUGUGGAAAUCUGUGAUAAGAGUCCAGUUUCAGUUGUGGGAAAUUCUCAGAAUAAGAUGAUUAACAGCUCACAAGAAACAAUUUUGUCAAUGGUAGUGCAGAAUUAUGAGUCUUCGGGUGCCACUAUUACAAAAGGAACAGAACUUCAGAUUGCUGUAGUGUCACCUUUAAUUCUUUCAGAUGUCAAAACAUUGCCUGUCAAAGCGGUAACAUCUGAAGCUUUAUCUGAAACAGUGUAUCCUGUUAUUAAAGAAGGAAGUGUUUGUAGCUUACAGAAUCAAUUGGCAGAAAAUACAAGAGUUACUACUGCUUCGAAAGCUAAUGAACCAGUAGCAAGUACAACUAGCACCAAGAUUUUCCCACUUAUUCUGAAAGAAAAGCAAAAUGAGUCAACUAAUGUUAAUUCAGAAGACACACCUAAUGCCAAUCAAGGAAAGCAUAUCAAAUCAGAGCCUGAUAUUCACUAUCCUAUGAGUGAUCAGCAGGCCUCCUACAGUGAUAUUGUGAAUAGUGAUAUGUUACAGAUUGACAAUAUUUGUUCUCUUGUUGAAGGUGAUAUAUCUUAUAAUUCUCAAAUAGCAAAGAUAUUCAACUCGCCUGUGAAAAAAGUCGAGUCACAGAAAUCUCUACUUAAUCAUCAAGUGAUUAGUAGUAGACAACAAAAAGAACCAUCAGACAACAUCAAUGAAAAUAAAGACUUUGGUUUUCAAAAAGAUAAUGUACAGCACACAGAUGUUUCACAUAAAAUGCCUGAUCAAUCAAAGUCACUGCAACUUCCAGAAUCAAAUAGUGAAAUUCGAGAGGAAAAUGACUUGGAGCAUAUCAAUAAACAAGAAAGCACAGCUAAAGAUACGUGUUCAUCAGCUGCUACUCAACAGGAUGGUAACCCUCAGGAAAUUGAUGUGUCCUGCAAUUACACUGCCCAGGAUCCUGCAAAAAAUGAGAUUCUUGAUGAUAAGACAUCCAUCUUAUACCUACAUGAUCAGCUUUCAGAACUGUUAAAAGAAUUUCCCUAUGGUAUUGAACCUAUGAACACACAUGAAGGUUCUGUGGCACAACAAAUAACAGACCAAAUCUCAAAAGAUCAGUCUUGUGAUAAAACCAGCUGUGACUCAAAAGACUCAACAGACCAAAUACAAAUUACAAUAUUAAACUCAGAGCAAAUGAAAGAAAUAUUUCCUGAACAGGGCAAUCAACACUGUGAGGUAGACAAACCAACAGAACCUCAGAAAGCAAAGCCUGUCACAGAAGAAAGGAGUCAGUGUGACCCACAAGUACAUACAGAUGGAGGAAGUCGUAAUCCUUUAAUACUGGAUUCUGAGAAAGAUGAUGUCGAUUGCUGUGCAUUGGGGUGGCUUUCUAUGGUUUAUGAUGGAGUGCCCCAAUGCCAGUGUGAUUCCAUCAAGAACUCUACUUCAAAGGAAGAAAAAGGGAAAGAUCAGUGUUCUCCAUUGGAGACCAACAGUUGUAAGCAAGAAGAGAGUACCUCUGAUAGAGAUGUUCUUUUUGGGUUUUAUAGUCCUCCAAGUAACAAUCCAAAGAUUGCUCUGACUUUUCCAGAUGAGAAAGAAUGUUCUCCUGAAAUAGAACAAAGCAAGUAUAUAGAAGAUAUAUUCAAAAUAAAACAUAACAGCUCUCUAAAAACAAAGACAAAACAGGAAUUAUCUGGUCAGCCUUUAUCUGAAGGUGAUAAAAACAUAGAUUCCUCACAAAGUCACAAAAGAAAACUGAAAUUUCAUGAGGUAACUUUUCAGUCUAGUAAUAAAAAAUUUUCUCAAGAGAGUCUGCAGAGGAAGCUCAUAGCACAGUUACGUCCACUAAAAGCAAAGACAGGUUUUUUGACAAAUAAAGAUCUGCACGUGAAGAAUGGUUCUUCAGUACAGUCAGUAUUGCCAGAAAAGAGAAAAUUGAAAACAGAUGACUCUGAACAAAAAGUUUUAGAAAAAAGGAAGUCAGAAGAAGAGAGCAUACUUGAUUCUGAGAUAAAGAGGAUGAAAUACAAUAAACAAGGGCAGAAUAAAAAUGGAGGUGGUACAUUUAAAAUGCAUAAUUUUUUGUCAACCCCAACUGAAAGAGCUAGAGUUAAAGAAAAGACAGUAUCAAAUGUCAAGUCCUCAGGCUCUAAGGAUAGUUCAUCUAAAAUUAAUAGAGUUCUGUCACAAGAGUAUUUACAAAAGCAGAAGCAUAAAGAAGCAAUGGGUAGCAAAGCAUCAAAGAAAAGCUAUGCGAAAAAUACACCAUGUGAUUCUCAGUCCAUGUGGUCCAGUAAACACUCUAUGCAAAUUGAGAGUGGGAAAUCAAAUGAGAGACAUAGUAGUGUACAGACCUCUAAAGAGUCAUUAAAUAUUUGUACAAGCCAUGGUAAAAUCCUCAAAAUCCACCGUUCCAAGGGGUCUAAAACACACAUUUCAAGGAAUGUUAAAGGUACAGCUGGUGGAAAGCAACCUGAUAAAAUGUGGAUUGAUAAAUUAGACAAAAAUGUUAAUAUAAAUAAUGAAGUUGAAUUCAGCCAGAUGUCUCCCCAAGCAAAGGAGCAAAGGAAACAAUAUCUGAACAGAGUUGCAUUUAAAUGCACUGAACGUGAGAGCAUUUGUCUCACAAAAUUAGAAAGUUUACCUAGGAAGUUUAAUAAAGAGAAAGAGAAGAGACUGGAAAAUAAGCCGAAGAGCAUUUUACCUAAGAAAGAUGCUACAGAAAAACGAAGCAUGCUGGAGUUUAAAUUAUGUCCAGAUGGAUUAAUUAAUAAGAGUACAAACUCCAGUGAAGGCCAGAAGAAUCUGCAGUCUUGUCCUGGGAAGGAGCAAGUCCCUGUGCAAGUUUCAGGAAUAAAAAGUACAAAAGAAGACUGGAUAAAAUACAUACCUGAGGAGAAAAGGAUUCCAGAAGCCAACCAAGAAAUAGAUGAUGAUAAUGUGGCUAAUUCAAGAGUCGUCAAGAGAACCUUCAGUGCAGAUGGAUUUGAGAUAAUACAAAACCCAGUAAAGGAUUCAAAAGCAAUGUUUCAAACCUACAAAAAGAUGUACAUGGAGAAGAGAAGCAGAAGCCUUAGUAGCAGUCCUUUAAAAUGAGAAAAUUUCUCUCAUUUUCUGUUCAGAAUAUUUUACUGGAAAUAGGAUGGCUCUGAUAAAAUUUCUUGGUCAGAGUUUGGUUACCACUUAGGUUAUUUUUAUCAGUGGAAUUACUUAAUUAAAAUGGCUGAGAACCUUAGUUAUGGAUAGCAGACAUAAGAUGUAGAUGAUGGUAUUUGUCAGGGAAACCAUAAGGUAUUGAAUUUUAAAAUUAUUGAGCCAGGUUCACCAUAUUUUAAAAGAAAUUCUUACACAAAACUUAUUUUGAAAUGCUAACUAUCCAUUCUGAGGCAGGACUAUUCCUCAGUUAAGGACUUGUUUAUUUUUGCCGAGACUGCAAAUAUAUUUUUGUUUCUAAAACUUAUUAGCAGAACUUAGUUUUUAAAAGUGCUCACUGAAUGUCAAAGUAUAUUCCUAAGUAUUUUAUACCUAAUUGUAAACUUUUUGUCAGAAGUCUUGUUUUAUACUUGUUAAAACUGAACAGAAUUUUGGAUGAUGUCAAAACCUUACUUACAUACUUGAAAUAAACAUUUAUUUUUUAAAAAAAUAUAUUUGAAAUCAUAA